AAAAUUAUACAUUAAAUUAUGGCAUCUAUUCAGUUUAUAACAGGCCUUGAUGAAAAAGAAAUUCCCGAUAUAAAACUAACUAGAUCAAAAGAUGGGAAAACUGAUCAAGCUGAUAUUACAGGAAUGUAUUUAAUUGAUGAAGAAGGAGAAAUGGUAACUAGAGAAGUAAAUGCAAAAUUCGUUAAUGGUAAACCUUAUAAAAUUGAAGCUUUAUAUAUUAUAAAAAAUAAUGAUGAAUGGGAUAGAUUUAUGCGUUUUAUGGACCGAUAUGCAAAAGAAAAAGGUUUAGUCUUUACUAAAUCAUCUGAUACAUAAAAAAAUAUAUGGUAUCUUGAAGAUACCAUAUAUUUUUUUAUGUAAGACAUAAGCCGGGUUUAGUUCUUGAAA